AAAGUCGUGGUUCUUUUGACCGACAUAUUCGGCAUAUUUACCAAUUCCCUGGUCCUCGCCGACGGGUCCGCCUACAAUUGUUACCUGACCGUAAUCCCUGAUCUGUUUCAAGACGACCAGAUGAAGCUCUCCGACAGGCAAAAUGGGAAGCCCGCCAUAGUAGACCCAAUCGUGGAGUCUACCAUCCAGUACGUCCGCGAUACAUUUGGUGUGAAGAAGAUCGGCGCUGUCGGCUACUGCUUCGGUGGCAAGAUCGACUCUAUAUUUACCACCAAACUCCUCCACGAAUCGGAGGAGAUUCUGGUCAAGAUUGGUCAGGUCUGGCAGAUCAACCUUUUCGGCAGCGUAAGCCAUGGCUUUGCCGUCCGUGCCGAUCUGAGCAACACGAAGCAGAAGUGGACCGAAAAGGGCGCCUCCUACCAGGCUGUCAUAUGGUUAGACCAGUACUUGUGA